AUGGCGGACCCUCGGCAAAUGUGGGAGAACCUCCAGAGGAACAUGCAAAGAGUACAGCAGCAAGGGCAGAGGUUCGGUGGAAGCGGCGGUGUCCCUACUCCGCGCGGUGCUAUCGGUGGUCUUGGAGGCCUGCUAUUACUCGGUGGCGGCGUUUGGUUUUUCAACAAUGCGAUUUUCAACGUCGAGGGUGGUCAUCGUGCCAUCAAGUACACCCGUAUGGGCGGUGUCGGAAAGGAAAUCUUCGCGGAAGGAUCACAUAUCAAAAUCCCCUGGUUCGAGACGCCCGUCGACUACGACGUCCGCGCGAAACCGCGCAACGUCGCAUCCCUGACCGGCACCAAGGAUCUGCAGAUGGUUAACAUCACCUGCCGUGUACUUUCGCGUCCCCGGAUCGACGCGCUCCCCCACAUCUACCGCACACUCGGCACCGACUACGACGAGCGCGUGCUGCCCAGCAUCGUCAACGAGGUCCUGAAGAGCGUGGUCGCCCAGUUCAACGCCAGUCAGCUCAUCACCCAGCGAGAGAACGUCUCGAGGAUGGUCCGGGAUGAACUCGUCGACCGCGCGAGCAAGUUCAACAUCCUCCUGGACGACGUCUCGUUGACCCAUCUCGCCUUCUCCCCCGAAUUCACCGCCGCCGUUGAAGCCAAGCAGGUCGCCCAGCAGGAGGCGCAGCGGGCGGCCUUCGUCGUCGACAAGGCCCGGCAGGAGAAGCAGGCGACCGUGGUCCGCGCACAGGGUGAGGCCCGUUCCGCCGAGCUGAUCGGUGACGCGAUCAAGAAGAGCCGCGCAUACGUCGACCUAAGGGAAUUCGAGAACGCCCGCACCAUCGCCACGAUCCUGGAGAAGAGCAACAACAAGGUCUACCUCGACACUCAAGGUCUGGGUCUCAACAUUGCACAGACCACCUCGGAGAAGGCGGCGGGUCGGAAUUUGAAAUGA